UGACAUUGAACAUAUGAAUUAAAUGAAAAUGUAAAGUAAUUACCCAAUUGUGUGUUCAGAACAGACUUCGUAAUGCCUUUUGCUUGGAUCUGGGUUGAAAUUAGCACGGUUAAUAUGUGAAAGCCAUAGCAUCCUUCUUUCUGUUGAAAUAUCCUCCGUCAGCUUCCCUUGGUGACAGAUAGCUUUAGAUAUGUCAAAAAACUUUAUCUUACGAUCUCCAUUCCCAGAUCGGUUGGUACAACCCCUCACAACACAAGUAUUUACCAUUAUCGGUGUUCUUUUGUGUAUUUAAUAUCUACAGGGGUUGGACAAUGAAACUGAAACACUGACCAAUUUAGUGUUGGAGGUUUCAUGGCUAAAUUUGACCAGCUUGGUGGCCAAACUUCAUUGAUUGCACAUUGCACCAGUAAGAGCAGGAGUAAUGGCACAGUUUUGCUUAAAAUAUUGCAAUGCACACAACAUUAUGGGUGGCAUAUCAGAGUUCAAAAGAGGACAAAUUGUUGAUGCACGUCUUGCUGUGGCGCAUCUGUGACCAAGACAGCAAGUCUUUGUGAUGUAUCAAAUCAUCCAGGGUAAUGUCAGCAUACCACCAAGAAGGAUGAACCACAUCCAACAGGAGUAACUGUGGACGCAAGAGGAAGUUGUCUGAAAGGGAUGUCUGGGUACUAACCCGGAUUGUAUCCAGAAACCACAGCUGCCUAACUCACUGCAGAAUUAAAUAUGCACCUCAGCUCUCCUGUUUCCACCAAAACUGUCUGUCGGGAGCUCCACAGGGUCAAUAUACAUGGCCGGGCUGCUAUAGCUAAACCUUUGGUCACCAGUUUCAGUUUCAUUGUCCAACCCCUAUACCUUUAACCAGUUUUCUGGGACUUUUUGAGAUUGUGGAUCAGGUGGUGCAGCAACCUUUCAAAAACCUCUCCCGAAACACGUACUAAAAGUCUCUAGAGGACUGUGGUGACUGUCCUGAGACACCAAAGACUACCUUGUCACUAUUUUACCCUUGGCACAACUAUUGUCAGCUCUACUAUCGUCCACUAGGAGCUGAAUGGUAUUCCAACCUGUGCCACAGUGUUACAGUUCUGUCCUUUGUGUUCAUUUGACAUUCCAUUUAAAAUAGAUGACCCACAGCUGUCAAUUUAAAAGAUUAGUUACACUAUAGUUUUAGUAGUCAUAUUAGUCAUACAUAAUAAUAACAAUUGCAAUCUUAAUGACAUGAGCAAUAUGUGGUCAGAGGUGAGAUGAUCUGUUCUGUCGUUACAGUAGGGUUUUUUUAAAGGUGGUAAAUAAAGAACCUUUUCACAAACUUGCAUUACUUUGAAGAGAGCAUAUAUCCCAGGUAUUUCUUGUUUUAACACAUGAUAUACUGUAUGUACAUGUUACUGGUGUGACUGGUUACAUCAACAAAAUAUACCAGGCUUUAGAUGAUCAGUGGUGGGAUUGGCUUUUUGUCUGUUCUUUGAAUAUUAAAAAUCAAACCCCUGACCUUUCUCUCCUCUGUAGGAUCCUUCGGUGAUACAGGUGACCAGGUCUGCUCCUCCUGGAGGCCUGGAGGAGUACAACCCCUUCAGACAUGCCAGAACGGCAGGCCCUGGAAAUGCUGCCAAAUCUACUCCAGCCCCCUCACAGAACACACAGCCCGCCAUCAUGAAGCCCACAGAAGAGCCGCCGGCUUAUUCACAGCCGAGGAAUCAGGAUCAAGCCCGUGCUCAGGCUGAGCUGCUGAGAAGACAGGAGGAGUUGGAGAGGAAAGCAGCGGAGCUUGACCAUCGGGAAAGAGAGUUACAGUCCCACGGAGCUGCAGGUGGUCGUAAGAACAACUGGCCUCCACUUCCACAGAUGUUCCCUGUUGGUCCAUGUUUCUACCACGAUAUUGCUGUGGACGUCCCUAUAGAGUUCCAGAAGACAGUCAAGAUCAUGUAUAACCUCUGGAUAUUUCAUGCAGGAACUCUCUUUGUGAAUAUGUUUGGCUGCCUAGCCUGGUUCUCUGUGGAUGGAUCGCAUGGUGUAGACUUUGGUCUGGCCAUUUUAUGGUUUUUGCUGUUUACCCCCUGUUCCUUUGUCUGUUGGUACAGACCACUUUACGGGGCUUUUAGGAGUGACAGUUCAUUCCGCUUCUUCAUCUUCUUCUUUGUCUACAUCUGUCAGUUUGGCGUUCACGUUCUACAAGCUAUUGGCAUCACUGGAUGGGGAACAUGUGGCUGGAUUGCAGCUUUGACCAGUCUGAACAGUAGUAUCCCAGUGGGCAUCAUUAUGCUGCUGGUCGCUGCUUUGUUCACUGCACUGUCCGUGGGCUCGCUCAUCAUGUUCAAAAAGGUACAUGCGCUCUACCGUACCACUGGUGCUAGCUUUGAAAAAGCCCAGCAGGAGUUUGCAACUGGAGUCAUGUCCAACAAGACGGUGCAGACUGCGGCGGCUAACGCUGCAGCUAGCGUUGCAUCCAACGCUGCUCGUGGAGCCUUUAAACCUCAUCCCUGAACCAACACACACACUCACACACAUACUGAAAAAAGAGAGAUGUGAAGCUUUGGCCUUGUUGUUUGUAGCAAGACUAACAGACACCAUGCCCACAGCUGUUCACCCACUAUCAUUUAAAAAACAUUCAGUUUUCAGACAACAGUCAGGUGAGCUCAGCUCACUCCCAUUGACAUGUCUCAAUACUCAAGGUAUUCUCAGACGGUCUAGAUAGUACUUCUCUCACGUAUCAUCACGAUCUUUGUGUUCGUCUGUCAUGUUGCAUUGAUCCUCAAUCAGGCUGCAAUAGUAUUUCAAGCGUAAACCUUUUUUAAUUGCUAAUAACCUAACGCAGUAGAGACAUAAAAAUACUUGAUAAUCUGAUGGUGGUGUUUGCACAUAAUUCUGUUGUCAUGGUCAUCUACUGGACAUUCAGUGUACGUUUGAGUGGCUGUGACUCUGUGAAGCUGUACUUUAAGAUAAUUGUGACUUUUUUUUAACACGUUGCUUGAUUAUGAAAACGCUAAAGGUGAAUUUUACCUUAUCUGCUGUUGUCAAGAUGGUUAAACUGAAUUCUCAUAAAUAGGAUUGUGUCUAAAUGUUCUUAUUACAGGACAGACCUGCAGUCACCAUCCAUAGCCUUUAAGCCACACUAGCUGGUUGAACUGCUAUCUUCCUCUCUCUGUGUGCUUUUGUAAUUUUUGGUGAAGUGGCCUCGGUCGACAUCACUGUAACAUACUGGUGUGAGGUGUGAAAGCAUGAAAAGGAACACGCAUGUUCAGCUCACUCACGGCAGCCAUGGUUAUGUCCGGUGUCUGUCUUUAUUCAGCGCAUUAAGAGUGAAGAUAUUUUCUUUUCUGUCCGUUUUUCAUUUAUGAGCCAUACAAAUACUGCAUGAGUCGGUAGGUGGUGUGCCAGGUCAGUAGGUCGCUGCGUUUUUUGAACAUUACCUUCAGUUAAUGUUCAAAAAUGAACAUUAGUGUUGUGCUCUAUCAUCUCGUAUUGUUGAUGAGUGGCUGAAUGUGUGUGCAUGCACAGUGGACGACGACAUGAACAUGACAUGAACAGCUGUGCGUGCACGAUAGGUGUGUGGCUCUCACACAAACACGCAACGAUCAAAAAGUGGUCGUGACAUAGUCACAUGUUUUUUGAGUGGUUGCACUUUUCUGGUUUAUUUAUAAUGUUAUUUAUGUUGUUUGCUUUUUUAGUUGUGUUUGGUUUGAUUUUGUUUUUUAAUCUGUAUUUUGCUUUGUGCUGUGAUUUUUGCAAUUUGAUCCUGCAGAAGUUGUGUACAUGUGAAUGAGGUUGUAUGUACAAUAGUUGUACAUAAAAAAAACCCUCAAGUGUUAUUUUAAGUCCUGACAAGCUGUGAGAGAUCUACCAAAUGUCAUUUAGAUUUUUUUUUUUUUUGAUGUGUCUCCUGGUCGUAUUUUACUGGAACAGUUUGAACUGGAACACUGACAACGUAUCUAUAGUUUGGAGCAGUUAAACAAAGCCAUGCCUCAGUGGGUAUUUGUUGAUGUAUUUAACGUCUGUAGUACAGAAUGAUGUAUCUGUAGUUUGCCCACACUAAACUGUGUUGUUCUUUUCUUUCUUUUUUUAAACCCCACUGAAUUUGCUUUCACUGGUUUAAACUAAAAACUCAUUCAGAAGGGACACUUGUAUAUUUUGUAAAGUAAUGAGUAAAUUUGAUCCCCAUCACCAGUCAUGUAAAAAAAAAUGUAUUGCACUUUCAUCUGGCCUUUGUCGCAUGUGAAAUAGUUUUGUAUAUUUAUGGUAUUAACAUGGAAUAAAAUUUGAAAG